UAGUGCCCGGGAGGGCCGCUGGUUUUUGUUACGUGCCUGGUUCAGCGAGUGACUUCGCCUUCCUCACAGUGUUCUGAUUUCCACAGCGGCUGCACCCCCCGGUGGACAUGCCUGUGUCGUAGCUGACAUUCUGCACCCCGGUUGCGUGUGGUGGGAGCCUCCUAGGGUGCUCAGAUGGAGGAGCCCAUGGCGUUUUCUUCCCUGCCUGGCUGUGACAGGAGCCCCGCCGAUGACUCGUUAAAAAGAUAUGAGCAGAAUGUGAAACUUUCAGGCAUUAAAAAAGAUAUUGAGAAGCUUUGUGAAGCUGUACCACAGCUUGUCAGUGUGUUCAAAAUUAAGGACAAAAUCGGAGAAGGCACCUUCAGCUCUGUCUACUUGGCCACGGCCCAGCUGCAGGUAGGACAUGAAGAGAAGAUUGCGCUGAAGCACUUGAUCCCAACAAGUCACCCCGUGAGAGUUGCCGCGGAGCUCCAGUGUCUGACACUUGCGGGGGGGCAGGACAACGUCAUGGGAGUCAAGUACUGCUUCAGGAAAAACGAUCAUGUGGUUAUUGCCAUGCCAUAUCUGGAACAUGAGUCGUUUUUGGACAUUUUGAAUUCUCUUUCCUUUCAAGAAGUACGAGAGUAUAUGUUUAAUCUCUUCAUAGCUUUGAAACGGAUUCAUCAGUUUGGUAUUGUUCAUCGUGAUGUGAAGCCCAGCAAUUUUUUAUACAAUAGACGCCUGAAAAAGUAUGCCUUGGUGGACUUUGGUUUGGCCCAAGGAACCCAUGACACGAAAAUAGAGCUGCUCAAGUUUGUCCAGUCUGAGGCUCAGCAGGAAGGCUGUCCACGAAACAAGUACCACGGAGUCACUGGACACAAGGGCUUCCUGAGCCGCCCAGCACCUAAAAAUCUGGAUCAGCAGUGUGCCGCGAAAACUUCUGUCAAGAGACCCUACGCAAACUCACAGAACGCACAGACUCACGUUAAGCAAGGGAAAGACGGAAAGGAGGGAUCUGUAGGCCUUUCUGUCCAGCGCUCUGUUUUUGGAGAAAGAAAUUUCAAUAUACACAGCUCCAUUUCCCAUGAGAGCCCUGCAGAGAAACUCAUAAAGCAAUCAAAGACUGUGGAUAUAAUCUCAAGAAAGCUAGCAACAAAAAAGGCAGCCAUUUCUACAAAAGCUGUGACUGGUGUGAUGAGGAAAACUGCCAGUUCUUGCCCGGCUGUCCUGACCUGUGACUGUUACGGGACAGACAAAGUCUGUAGCAUCUGCCUGUCGAGGCGGCAGCAGGUUGCCCCUCGGGCAGGCACACCAGGAUUCAGAGCACCGGAGGUCCUGACAAAGUGUCCUAACCAGACCACAGCGAUUGACAUGUGGUCUGCGGGCAUCAUCCUCCUCUCCCUGCUCAGUGGGCGGUACCCAUUUUACAAGGCCAGCGAUGACUUAACUGCUUUGGCUCAAAUCAUGACAAUUCGGGGAUCCAGGGAAACCAUCCAGGCUGCUAAAGCUUUUGGUAAGUUCUAUACCCUAGAACAAGCUUCUCCAGAGAACACUGACCAUAAAGCUUCUUACCACGUACAGACAUCUCCAGCACAGCACGCAGAGGAUUCCUUGAAUAAAAGGGACAGUGAUGGCUGUGGGAGUCGUCCCAGGCAGUGUACUGCCAACUCGGAAGGCUGGGACACAGUACCUGAUGAAGCCUACGACCUGCUUGAUAAACUUCUGGAUCUAAACCCAGCUUCUAGAAUAACAGCAGAAGCGGCCUUACUGCAUCCGUUCUUUAAGGGUAUGCGCUCCUGAUGCGGGUGUCCAUUCACGGCUGCUGUGUGUUGUCAGGUGGGGUAGGUAGCUGAGCACAGGUUCCAGGGAAGGAUGAAUAACUUAUUUUCAAAUUACGCUGUUUGCUCUGGUGUCAAAUUGUAAACAGAUUAAGAAUUAUUAAAUGUUCAGGGGAGUCCUUAACAUGAUCUUUAGUUAAACCACCAAGUAGAGGCAGAGCUUUUAAAGUUCCCUGUUUUCUCUGCUUCUGGAGCAGCCUUAGCCUGACGCACAGGUUCAAGGAACAAGUCAUGAGUCACAGAUAUGACAGGGAGUAAAAGUGAAGAAGACUGUUUCCAGAUCUGUGUGGUCUGUGCUGUGUGUGCAUGGGGAACUGUUCUUGGUGGUGUGUAGGAGAUGUGAUCCUUCCUAGAGGUGUGCAUAUUUAUAAACGCAAAUAAUGACUGCGGAGAUGUGGGCAAAAGACACCACUUCAGACAGUCAGUCUUGUACGUUGUUACACGGUGCUUACUGCAGAGUUCUGGUGCUUUCCUCAGUGUUACAUGUAUUUAUAUUGGGAGCCUAAUAAUGUGCAUAUUGUGGAUAAGGCAGAAAUGCUCCUUUCUCUUGUAUGACCAUUUUUUUCUCACCAUCUUAGUUUAUUUAAUUAGGUAGCUGCCACAAGGAAAGGUGAGCAUACACCUGGGAACCUGAGGGUGUUGUCUGCCGGGAGCAUCCAGAUUUCUGCAUUUCUGUUCAGAGUUGACCUUGCUCAGAGAGAAAUGGUUCCUGGAGUCUCGGGAGGACUGGGAAGAAAGAUAAUGAAGUAGACAGAGUAGCGAAGGACUUGCACAGCAUUUGUGCAUUUUUACACUCACCUGCUCUGUGUCUUUGGUAGCACACCAGGCUUCCCAGGGGUCGGGAGGGGAGACUUGCUGAGGAGUCCCCUUGGUAUAACCACAGGUUCUAGGGAACUGUUACUCACUCAGAAAAUUCACUUUCCUGUUUUGAACACUGGUAGAUCAAUGGUGUAUACACAUAUUGUCUUAUGCUGUAUUUUUUUUAAACUUGAAUGUCUUGGGGAUAUGUAUUUAAUAAUAAACGUUUCUUUUUAGAUUCUCA